AUGGACUCCCUAAAAAGUGUGCGGGAGAAGGUCCCUAACGCGCUACACCUCUAUUCCGACUUCAUCCUCAAAAACCAAUCUUCCGUUACCCAAAUCGAAUCGGCUUUGCGCUCUCUGACAUAUAUAAUACCCGGUCGAUUUCGGGAUGCCGAACUCGCAUCUGAAUCCCUACAUUCUUCUAUUCAGUUACUCUCACUUUAUCAUGAUACCCUUCUCUCUCGCGCCCUAUCCAAACUCCCCGGUAUGCCCAGACAAAAUGCACAUAAUCGAUAUACCAAAUAUUGGGUCAAGGGCAAUCGGAUGUAUAGAAGAAUUGCCAUGUUACUGAGUAUGAUACAGUAUACCGAGUUAUUAUGGGAGAUGAUGGCCAAAAGGAAAGGAGAGAAGAUGAGAUGGAGAGUGGUAGUAUUUCUUGAAUUUAUCAAGGCAAUCUGUAAACUCCUACUUCUAAGAAUCACCAAAGGACGACCACUUGUUACACCACCUCUUCCCGAACGUGAUAUCAUACCCGAGGAAUCACUUACGGAAACCGAGGAAAUACCCCCUUGGCUCGAUACCGAUGACACGGCAGCCAUGCGAGAAGAAGAGAAGCUCCGCAAGAAUCGCGAGGGAAAGGAAUACAAAUUAAAGAGAACAGGCUUAACACUUCCAAAUCUUCCAAAUCCAAGCGACGUCACAAAUUAUCUACUUUCCAAAGUUCUCGUUGCCGACGAUAUCAAAGCGCCAAUCUCGCUUCUUAACCCCCUUACUCUACCUUCUCAAUAUGCAGAAUACAUGCACAUUCUUCAACCCGUCAUCUAUGCCAUUGCUCUCUCCCAUUACCGCAAGAAUCCUAAGUCCUGGAAACCUUGGGCUAUAGGCCUCAGCAUUGAAUAUGCUGCACGCCAGCUCCGCAGCGAGAAUUAUAGAACUACUCCUCUUGAGAAAGAACAGUGGAAUAAGAGAGGCUGGGCAAUGGGAUGGUGGGCCUUACGAGGUGCUUUCUAUGAAAAUGUUACCAAGGGAUUCUUGCACAGAACAAGUAACCGUUUGCCAAGUUUUAUUGGAGGUGUGGUCGAGGAUUAUUUGUGGUUGUGGGAUGAGUAUUACUUUAGUACAAGUCAGGAUUAA